GCAUACGCUGUCCCAGUUUCUUUAAGACCUUGGAAAGCCCAAAUAAUCUCGUGCGUAGAACCAGGCAGUAGCAGAACUCCCCUGCAGCCGCCGCCUAUAAAUAGACAACCCUCUCUGCCGCAGCUUGACACCUGUCUUUUACGGUCAUCUUCAGAAACGACAACAACGCGAAGAGACGUGCAGACAACCUGAAGCGUGUUGCAAGUUUUAAGAUCGACAGACCAGCCUCCAGCGAUCAAGCAAGGAAUGUGUGCAAGAAUCUGCAGGGCAGACUGGUGACUGAUACAACACAUCGAAUAUCUGUAAACGCAGGGUCCUUUUAAACACAAACGAAGUGGGAUUUCCUGAAUGAGCGACUCGGGUGUCGGACAGCCUUGGUAGCCUGUGAAGGGCACACAUGGCCCACACUGUGAGCAACCAUCCGAGCCGUCUGCCAGUGGCCCAGACCACUGUGCUGGCUCUCCCAUCGUCCAGCCAAGGAAAGGACUUGAGACCCAGAUGGACUGCGCUGGACUCCCUGCUGUGUGGGGCAUUUGCUGGAGCCGUAGCCAAAACAGUCAUUGCCCCUCUGGAUCGGACCAAGAUCAUUUUCCAAGUCUCCUCAAACAGAUUCUCAGCUAAGGAGGCCUUUAGGAUCAUCUACUGCACUUAUAUGAAGGAUGGGCUGCUCAGUCUGUGGAGGGGGAACUCUGCCACCAUGGUGAGGGUCAUGCCCUAUGCUGCCAUCCAGUUCUGCUCACAUGAACAGUACAAAAAACGACUGGGGGGCUACUACGGCUACCAGGGAAAAGCUCUGCCUCCUUUCCCACGCUUCCUGGCUGGCUCACUGGCCGGCACCACUGCUGCUAUGCUCACCUACCCUUUGGACAUGGUGCGAGCCAGGAUGGCAGUCACAGCCAAAGAAAUGUACAGCAACAUCAUGCACGUCUUCGUGCGGAUCUCCCAAGAGGAAGGUGUGAAGACGCUUUACAGAGGCUUCACCCCCACUAUCCUGGGUGUCAUCCCAUAUGCAGGGAUCACAUUUUUCACAUAUGAGACCCUGAAGAAGCUGCACACAGAAAAAACUAAGCGGCCCCAACCGUACCCCUAUGAGCGCCUGGCUUUUGGUGCCUGCGCAGGCCUGAUUGGACAAUCUGCCUCGUACCCUCUGGAUGUGGUACGCCGGCGCAUGCAGACAGCCGGCGUUACCGGCUCAUCAUACGGCACAAUUCUGGGGACCAUGCGUGAGAUCGUAACACAGGAGGGAGUUAUACAUGGACUGUACAAAGGCCUGAGCAUGAACUGGCUUAAAGGGCCCGUUGCUGUGGGAAUUAGCUUCACCACAUUUGACAUCAUGCACAGCCUUCUGCUCAAAUUGCAUCAGAUGAGCUACUUCACCCACUGAAUCAGUGGGGGGUGACCAAGGGACAGUGAAAAGCACAGAUGAGACAGACACGAGGGAGGCGGGCAACUCUGUCAUAUGGCAAUAAUAAAUCUCUUCAUUCGGUCCCUUUCAUUCAUACAGGAUGUCAGAGGAUUGGAUGAGUGGACAGGAGAUCUGUUGUGCACAAAGAAAUGGAGCCUCUAAUACUUUGGUAAAUGCUCAGUAAGGAUUCACUCUGAAGCAGAGUGAGGAGACAACAAUAAAGUGUCUUUAAAUUGUUGCAAACAUAACUUUGUUUUGAUAUAAUGGCACCAUCAAAGAUGGCUGAAGUGAUAAACAUUAAAUAAAGACUGUUUUGUUUUUGAUAGAUGGAUAUGGAGGACAUUGUUUGUGUUGAGAGAUAAAAGAUUGCACUUAUUUGACCUACAAUGUUCUUUCAGCGUGAUCCCAUAUCAACAGAGUUAAUGAGUUUUAUUGCUCAUUAGAAACAAGGGAAAUUUCAUUUUAAUUAAGUUGUUUUCUUUUUGAUCAUUUCAAAUAGCCUGAUUGUGCAGGGGUAUGGGUUAUAAUGCAAUAUUUUUUUCUGUUUAAAUCUUUAGUUUAGUGAUGGUGCCAUUGCAGAUGGAAUAGAAAUUAACAGUGCGAAUGAUUGUACAGUACAAGGGUGAUCAAGUCAGCAGGACGGCACAGUCUCACUCUCCAUCCAGCACUGGGGUGUGAUUCUUGUAUUAAUAUAUCUAAUAAGUGGAGGCUAAUCAAAUACAUGGUCAAAUCUAUUUUGGGCAUAUUAAGUUUUCAUUGUUUUACUGUGCUUACCUUUUGUGGUGCAAAUGCUGUCAUUGCUUUAACUAAAAUCUAAAUAUGCCAUAGCACUUAAAUUUGUCAAGUUUCUUGUGAAUAAGGAGCAAUUUCACUGCUAAUGUGCAUUUCAAAGAUGUAAGUUUACGGUUGUUUCAAGUUAUACUGACCAUGCAAUAAAGUGUCCAUCUACAACCCUGA